AUGAGAUCGUGUUAUUCUCACAAAGGUAUAAGCCCUGGAAAACAUCCAGGAAAUUGUGCUUCUUAUGAUAAAAUAGGAAAAGAAGAUAUUCAGUCAAUAAAUAAUGGAACAUAUACCCAAUGUAGUCUCUGCGGUAUAAUUCAUAAGGACCCACAUAAACAAAAAUUAUAUCCACUGAGAGAAGAUCAAUAUAGUAGAGAAGGUUAA